CGAGCAAAGGAGCCAGCCCGCGAGCCAGCCCGCGACCGAGGGCAAGAGGCGAGCCGGGCACAGCCUAAGCCUGGAUCCGGCCAGCCCCCCACCAUGCGCGGCAGCCCGCUUUAGCUACUCCAUGGAGCCGGGCAACUUCUACGAGGCGGACUCGCGGCCCCCGAUGAGCAGCGCCCUGCACCCGCACCCGCACGCGCACCGCCACCCCACGCAGCAGCAGCAGCCGCCCGCGCCUUCGCCCGCCUCGGCGCACCCGCACCUGCAGCAGGCGGGCGGCUACGGCUACCUGGCGGCGUCGGAGCUGCCGGACAUCUGCGAGCACGAGAACUCCAUCGACCUGAGCGCCUACAUCGACCCGGGCGCCUUCAACGACGAGUUCCUGGCCGACCUCUUCCAGCACAGCAAGCAGCAGCAGGAGCGCGCCGCCAAGGCCGGCCUGGAGUGCGGCGCCGGGGCCGCCAUGCCGGGCGCCGGGUUCCCGCCGGGCGCCGGCGGCCUCUACGGCUACGCGGACAAGCUGGAGGCCGGCGCGGCCUACGAGCGCCUGGGCCCGGGGCCCCCGCCGCCGCUGCCGGGCCUGCGCCCGCUGCUCAUCAAGCAGGAGCCGCACGAGGACGACGAGGCGGCGGCGCUGGCCGCCCUCUACCCGCCGCCGCCCGCCGCCGCCGCCAACUGCAGCCACCUCCAGUACCAGGCGGCGCACUGCGCGCAGACCACGGUGCACCUGCAGCCCGGCGGGCAGCCCACGCCGCCGCCCACGCCGGCGCCCAGCCCGCACGGCGCCCACCACCCCCAUCACCCCCACCCGCACCGGCUCCACCACGCCGCCGCCCACGCCCACGCCGCGUCGCCGUCGCCGGGCGGCAAGUCCAAGAAGUCGCUGGACAAGAGCAGCAGCGAGUACCGCGUGCGGCGCGAGCGCAACAACAUCGCGGUGCGCAAGAGCCGCGACAAGGCCAAGCAGCGCAACGCCGAGACGCAGCACAAGGUCCUGGAGCUGAGCAGCGACAACGACCGGCUCCGCAAGCGCGUCGAGCAGCUCAGCCGCGAACUCGAGACGCUGCGCGGCAUCUUCCGGCAGCUGCCCGAGAGCUCGCUGGUCAAGGCCAUGGGCAGCUGCGCCUGAGCGCCCCGACGGGGCC